AGGUCCUGUUCGCACUGAUAGGAGAUCCCCGGGCUUCUCCAAUCUCACCCAGUUGUUGUGUAACUCGCCUGUCUUAUCAUUUGCUAUCACGACUGUUGUUGAAUGAAGGAGAGGGGAAACGCGAUUGCUACUAGUACUAUUAUGCUCAGCCUAUCUAGUCCCGAGUCGGUAGUUACUGCGUGGUCUCAUCUGCCGGUCCCGGCGCGUGUCCGCCCACUUUUUCCUGGACGGUUGCAAACGAUUGCCUUAUUGUCUCAAUCCCUUCUGACUCCUGACUCGACUCUAACCGAUCCGUGCUGCGUUCCGUUCCGUACCUACCUCCUACUACUCCUACAUUAACCCAAAUCCCUCCUCCGCCUUUUCCCAUUGCACCCGCGACAUUCCUUCCCACGCCGGGCCCUCAUGGCCCCCAAAGAGGACAUGCUGCCGCCUGGCUGGGAAGAUCUAGACAGGCUGCCAUGUCGUCCCCGACAGGCAGAUGGGGCAGCUAUUUAUGAUGGGCUUCGACGGAACUUCGGUCAGCCCUCAGAUCCGCUCUCUGAUCGAAAAC